AACUAAGGUUAAUUAAUUUGACACUGUAGAUUUAACAGUGUAUUUUUAUAUAAAUAACAGAAAAAUUUCUUUGUAAUUAAACCUGAAACAAAAUUUGUCUAAAAAUUUGUCUAAUUAUAUCCUCUAUAAUUGUUCAAGGAACUCUAAAUAAAUUUAAAUGCAAACUCAAAAUCACAGUUUUAUUUUACUUUGAUGGAAACGACAAGAAUGAUUGACUCCAAGAACGUCGCUUCAACGUCGAACAAUGCGAAAAAUUCUGUUCCUAAUAAUCCUCUGAUUGCAUACGGAGAUAAAUGCGUAGAAUUGAAAGUUAUGAAGGAUACAAUAACUAUGUAUCGAGACAAUAUUCUAGAGAGGAAAAAGAUACUGGAGGAAGAAAAACAAGAACUGGAGAAAUUAAAUUAUCAAGUGUGGUCGAUGGAAGACUCGUUAUGCGAACAGAUAUGGCGAUUCUCACGCGAACAUGAUUUUUCUGCUGUCUUUCAAUAUCAUCCCUUCGUUUCGGAUCGCGCGAAGCGACAAAGCAAUUGUAAAGACGACGCGGAAAGGAGCUUCGAGUUGAUCGAUCUCAUAAACGAAAUCGACGCUAUCAAAGCGGAAAUGAUUGAUCUUAAUCGGGGAAGGGAUGUCAAACGAGAGGUGGAGAGCGCCCUAACGAAAUUACGAAAGUUGCAAUUAAUCACGGACGACGUUACGGAGUUAUUGAGGCUGAUAUGCCCCUCGAAGUUUUCGUGCAAACUCGGGACGAUAUCGAUGCCGAUAUACGAUGAAGUAAUUCCUAACAAUGGAAAUGAAAUCAAACGACGUAAAAAUGAUCCAGGUCGCGCAAAACAAACGAAGAACGAUAAAUCGGAUCUGAGGUCUAAGAAGAAAUUAGUAUUUACGACUCCGGUACAGAAUUAUUCUCAGUUGUCCAUUGAGAGAAGUAUUGUAUUCACUGCGAACACGGUGAUCACGAACGCGCCGACACAAUCCACGAGCGACGAGAAAUUCAAAAAUUUUACUUUCAAGAAACGCAGCGAGAUUUCCAUCAGGUUUCAUAAGCAUAGAAUUAAAUAUUAAUAAAUGAAGCAAAAAAAAACGCAAGUUUUUAUAAUGUCAAGAGGAUCGGAGAAAGAGAUCGCGCAAAAGAAGCAGAGAAGCGUGUGAAUUUCGGGAAAAUAUUUUAUAAUAUAUGUAUUUGCGUGUUUAGAAAUAUUUAUACAGCGUCCGACGUACAAUCACGUAAUGUACAUUGAAUUACAUUUAAUAUUACAUUCUUGGAAUUAUACACAAUUAACACAUUAAUAUCGUGUGUUGCGCAAUAGACUAUUCGACAAGCGUUCAUUUACUCAGAAUAGUAUACUGGGCGUUUGCAACCGUCACGGUAAACUUAUCGCUUGCAAACCACGUGGACUAUGUGCCAUAUUUAACAAUUUGUUUUUCUUUUUAUUACUUUUCUUUCUUUUUUUUAACUGUUUAACAGUUGGAUCGUAUUGUAUCAACGAUCUUGGCAAACUUACAUGUGAAUGGCUCAAUAAAUUUUCCAUAUGCGAAGACUUUCAUCACAAUUAUCUAAAGACUAAUUUGUUAAACGGUCGCCACGUCACAUUCGUUCGGAUAAUAACGUAAAAACUAUUAACGUUAAUUAACACAUACUUUAAAACAUGCAGCCUUUAUUUGUAAACAUGCUAUUUGUAAAACAUGUUCGUAUUUUUUUAUUAUGUCAAUUUUUCAGAGACCUUUCUCUCGUCAAAUUAAAAAUACAAUCCAAAAUUUUAAAAGUUCAAAUAUUUUUUAAAAUUUAGUUUCUGUUUGUUUUAAUUUGCAUAUAUCUAUAAAUUAAAAUAUACAUAUAUAUAUCGAUAUCGUAAUUCAACAAUUUAAUUCAAUUUGUUUAUGUCACAUCUCGCGACAAUGAAAUAAGUUUAAUAAUCGAAGUAAUCGAAAAUUAAAAUAAAAAUACAAAAAUGUACAACGUAAUUGUAAAUAAUCCAUAACGUUAACGAAAUACAUUAAAAACAACAAACACAUACGAAAUUGUAUUAUCGUUAAAAUUCAAAGAUUUCCAAUUCCAAUAGAAGGAAUGCGCACCGUACGCAUCGUUUCUACGUAACGUUACAUAACGUCGAGUAAAUUACGUCACAAUUUUAAAAAAAGAAAAUCUUUUGUCUAAUAUCGAUGAUGAACGCUUACGUCUUCGAUAAGACGCAUUUCCCUAUUAAUAGUUCGCGUAAGUGGGAGAGCUCAUGGCGACCGUUACAUCGCAACCUUUAUCCUAUAUAAUACAAUGAAAGGAGGUUUUCACUUUCAGACUUGAAAAUACCUGGCAUACAUCCAUUAAUUAGCAAGAACCUUCGCGAUCCCGUUCGCCCUGCGUGCACUUUUGAGUUGCACUAAUUAAGUUUUACAGGCAUCUCUUCCCGCCCGCCCCUCCUCCCGGCUACGUGCUCGCUCGUAACGGAUCGUAGUAACGGAUUAAUAGUCUCUGCAAAACGAGAACAAAUCUCUAUCGUUCAUCAUUAAUCAGCUCGCAGCCCGAUCGCGUCGAAACGCCCUCGUAUGUAUACAGUCUAAUGGAAAGAACUUGCAAAUUAAUGUAUUUUACAUGCAACGAUCUUUCAGCGACAAAGAUUCUUAACUUUAAAAAACAGGAAGCCAAGAGACGAAUCUCUCGUCGCGAUCCUUGCGAGGUGCGUAACUCCGCUCUUUCGGGGGGAAAAAAAACAUAGAUAUACAUACUGAUAAUAUGAUACCGUACAAACAGAUGCGUGAUAAAAAUGUAUACUUAUAUAUAUGUAUAUAUGUAGAAACGAAAUUUAUAACGCAUUGAACCCCUCAGGCGCGGAGGAAUACUUCUGUCAACUUCGUCCCACAACGGAGUUUGCUAAGUUCCAUCUUCAAAUACAGGUACAAAUGUCAUCCUCGUGCGCGUGCGACUCACACAAUUCGCACGAUAACAAACGCGGAUUUAUAUAAUUAUGUAGCUAGAUAAUUAUAUAUAUUUAUACAAUAGAUCGCGAACAAUAACGAUAGAAUCGACGAAUCGUAAAUUACGAUAGCAACAUCAAACAUCGAAUUUCGUUCACGUUGAAGACCGUAGAAAAAAUCAGGAUGACAUCUGUAACAUUAAAUUGAUUAUCGAGCGGCUUUCGAUAGACAUGGAAGAAAAUUGUCUACUUCGUAGCUAGAAAUUGCUGCGUGAUGGAAAACAGGAGGCUUAAAAUUUAUAACAUACAGAGCGAAGGAAAAAGAGGGUAUACGCGAUAACAACUAUUAAUUGUUGAUGUACAGGAACAAUUGCAGCACUUGAAUAAAAAUUUUAUCGCACAGCCAUAGUAGUUGCAAUUUCUUUUUUUUUACAAGAUACACCUAUUUGUUUAUAUUUGUGGGCAAUAGAGAUUACGGUAGACACCUCUUUUUCUUUUCGCGAAAUUAAUACCCUCAACUACGGUACGUGGAGAUUUUCGUGUAGUACCGAACGUUAGUCGAUUAUUAGAACGUAUCGAUGAACUGAACUGUCGGCGGCCCACUAAACAAUCUGGCAUUUGCAAACAAUGCUGAAUGGCAUACGCGUAAGCGGUUUCUAAUUUCGCAAAUCAUCCUCGGCGAAUGUGUAUUUUCGCAUGUAGCGCAUUAACGGAGAGAUCACGGUAAGAAAUUGUUAAUUCCACAACACAAAAUUAAAACAAAAAAAAAGUAAUUAUUACGAAGCAUGCGAUAAUCCCAAUUAUGCUCGCACAUUUUAUACUACAUAAAACUACCUCCUAUCAAAAAAGCGUUAAUUUCUAAUUAAAUUAAUUUAAUUUAAUUACACGAUUGCGCGUAAUAGUGUUAAAUGUGCGAUAACAGCGUAGACUCGAUUUUAAACAAGUCGUAAGAUGUAAUUGUAGAAAAUGAUGUAAUAAGAGGAUAAAUCAGCUAAUUAUAAACAUGCAAAUAAUGACGCUACAGCACGGUACACGUUAUACGGCUACGCCCUUAACAUAUGCGUAUGGAGAAGUAACAGUUCAGUAACACGUACACAAGUGAGAAGACUAUUCAGAAUGAAGAAAUCGAUAAGCCAUAUCACGGAGAGAAUUUUAUUUCAAAAUUUACCUUGAAAGUCAUGUUAA